AUGGUGUCGACGAGGCAAAUGAGCAGCGUUGGAGGAGGCAAUGGAGGCAGUGAUGGUGCAGGUCCCUCUCACGCGGAGCCUGUGGCGGUAUCCCGCGUCACUCGUCACUCUAGCACCUUGAUGCCUGGAGGAUCUUCUCCGCACGCCAGUACUUCCAAAUGCAGUUUACUGCCGGCCCCUAAAACUUACACUACGAAUAUACUUGAUUUGCCAGUUGAAGUUAUUGAAAAGAUUAUUUGCUAUCUGGGCUUCAAAAGUGUUUCACAGAUCAGAAUGGUUAAUCGGCAGUUUAAUUCAAUUUGUAGUAGUAUUUUGAACUCUACAUUUCAACGGUUACAAAACCAAAUGCUGCAUAGAUUUCAAUCAAUUAAAGCAAAGAUGCCCCGCAGAGAGUCUGCUCGUAGAAGCCAUCCUUUAGCUUGUGAAUCGGACAUCAUAGAGACCUUGCACAUGAGACUAAGUCUUUUGCAAAUGACUUUUGGCAAACACAUUGAACGGAAACAUUGCUGUUUCUUCCCAGGAGAGAUAUUAGAUGAAGUAUACAGUAUUCUCUCAUACUUAAAAACUGCGACGAAGCUGGCAAGACCUUACAAAGUGACUGAUGAACUCUUUGAUCUGACAACAAUGGCCAUGGAAUACUUUAAAGAGCACAUUGAACCCAACUUGCCAGAGAUUACUUACUUCGGUACUGAUUUCUUCGAUAUCACUACAGCGUUUUCGCCUGGUGAAAGUAGUAAAUCUUAUAUAUGCUUGGACUCGCCACCACCGAGUGGCUUUGAAUCGUCGUCGUCGCAACAGACUGGGGCGAAUGUGUCGGACCGUCGUGUGUCCUCACUUAACAUGUAUAUGGAGGAGAGUCUCCCGCCGUCUCCGCCACCGCCGCAGAGCAAUAUGGUUCUUAGAAAACGGAUACAUCGCAUUAAACAAGGAAUGAAAAAGUACAAUGAUCAGCUGUCUGCAUUGCGAAGCGACCUCCGCAGUUGCAAGCGUAAAACCGCUCUUCAGCAAAAGCAAAUAGCUGAGCAACAAAAACAAAUUGCAGAACAACAGAAACAGACCUUGGAAUACGCAAACCGCCUUGAUGAUUAUGAUAAGAAGAAUGAAGAAACAAGCCGCAAGUUUCAGACUUUGUUGCAGGAAUUAAACAAGUGUAAAACGGAGCUACAAUACUGGCGGUCCAGGUCUCCAGCCGUUCCGCCGCUAUGUGCUGAAUGCGGUGCGUCGCUACGUUUGUCGCCGGCUCCCUCACUAGCACAGUGGGCAGCCGGUACAAGUUCGGAGCCGACAGAGGCUGAAGUGACCGCAGCUGAUGCGGAGGUCGUCGCUGCCACCAGUGCGGUCCCUGAAACCACCACAGAGCUGCCGCGCGCUGACCUCAAACUUGAACCCAAGAUUAAAGUGGAAACUAAAUCUGAACCUAAAACCAAACCGGAGUUGAAAGUUGAAACGACAACGAAAUCUAAACCUGAGCUUAAAGCUGAAACCACUAGUAAAUGUAAACCAGAGCCGAAAGCGGAGAGUAGUAAUACGGAGUGCAUGGCGUCCACACCGCCUACUAGGCGUCGCGCGUCUGCGGAUGCAGCGGGCGGCACGCCCGAGCGCAAGAAGCGUCGCCUGACGCGACCACGCAAGCUCUGA